GCUUGAAAAUCUUCAGCAGAACAGCUUGAAUCCAAAUGACCAAGGACCCUGUAUUUGGAGUCCUUGCAAAAAAUUCCAGACGAAGUGAUGGAAUCUGGUUGCAGAGACAAUGCACCUUCAAAAGAAGUUUUGAAAAACAUUGCUUGGGCCAAAAGGACAAUUACACGACCACAUUCAAAUGAAUUAACAAGCCUUCAAGAGAUGCUGAAGGAGCAAACUGGAAAAGAUGAUGAGGUUCUACAAAAGGUGUUGAUGGAGUCAAAAGGGAUAAUGCUGUGGUCCAAAAAACACUGUCUGUGUUUUUAGACAGAUCCAAGGGGAACAUUGUUUAUUUGGAUGCCACAGGCAGUUUAGUUCAGUGAGAAAGUGCAAGCAGCAAGUCAUACUGUGUGUAUGGGCUGGUUGUCAGAAAUUCAAUAAAAGGAGCCUCAGCACUUGCUGUUGCAACAUAUAUCCCACUUGAUCACACCACAGCAUCUAUAACUCACUUCCUUCAAGCAUUUCAAACAGACCUCAUCAGAAUGUAUGGGAGCCGGGCCAACAGAAGGCCUGUGAUGAUCAUAUGUGAUGGCUCCAUCGUGCUAAUGCGGUCCAUUUCAAUAACCUUCUGCAGAGCAAGUCUUGAAGAUCUCUUGCAGAAGUAUUUAUGUCUUAUCACAGGACAGCAUCCCAACUCCAAAUUUGACCUCCCGAUUCUGCACAGAUGUCUCAGUCACGUUAUGAAGAACGCAAAGGAUCUGUGCAAAGAGCAAAUACCAAAACACUACAAGCUGGGGAUGCAUACAUUUGGACUCCUUGCGUGUUGCUCCAGUCUAAAAGAGAUGGAUGAUGUCCUUUAAAAGUGCAUUUGUAGUUUUUUGUGGUCCUUGCAGUGAGGAAAAUGUUAAGAAGCACUACAAAAAUCUACAAAUGCUUUUCAAACAGAAGGGGGCCUUUGAUGUUGUAAAUGACAAAAACAUAAUUGCUGAAGACUACAAGGAGUUGGGGUACAAUAACAACACCUCAUCCAUGCUAAGGCAUUACCGUGCCUUGCAUGAGAAUAAGGAGGAAACUAGAGCUUUACCCAGCCAAGCCACCAGAAAACCAGAGCUGGAUGAAGCCCUCGUCUCCAUGAUAGUGAAGGACACACAGCCCUUCAGUGUUGUGGAUGACGUUGGAUUUCGGACAUUUGUGUCCAAACUGGAUCCCAAUUAUAUUCUCCCUACAAGGCAGGCUCUGAAGGCCAUGGUGGAGGCCAAGUAUGAGACAGCUAAGGAGAAGGCUAAGGCUAAAGUGGAAAAGGCGGCUGCUGUUAGCCUUACAUCAGACAUGUGGACAUCCAUCCACAUGGAUGCCUACCUGGCUGUGACAUGUCAUUUUGUGGGAGAGAACACCAGGCUGGAUUCAGUGCUGUUGGGAGUGCAGGCAUUCCCCCAAUCGCACACUGCUGAAAAUAUAGCUUGUGUGAAAGCCUCCAUGAUGGAGGAAUGGGGAAUUUCUAAUAAGGUGACAUGUAUGGUCACUGACGGUGCUCCCAAUAUGGUUGCGUGUGUGAAAGAGCUGAAGCUUCUGCACCAUAUUUGCAUAGCACACACACUGAAUCUGGUGGUGAAGAAGGCGCUUGACCAGCACCCUGUGGUCUCUGGCAUCCGGGCCAAAGCAAGGAAGCUGGUUGGCUACUUUAGAAGCAGCACCACUGCUAAGGAGAAGCUUACACAAGUGCAGUUCCAUCUGGGGAUGGAACAAAAGAAGCUGAUGCAAGAAGUGGAGACCAGGUGGAACAGCACUUCUUUGAUGCUGCAACGUUUGGUGGAGCUGAGGGAGCCAGUAGGAGCAGUGUUAGCUGGGCUACAACAUGACCUGGCCUUUUUCACAUCAGAUGAAUUUAACAUUGUUACAGGGUGUCUGGCUUUGCUGUCUCCCUUUUAUGAUGCCACUGUAGAGUUGUCAGCAGAAGAAAAUGUGUCUGCCUCCAAAAUCGUACCCCUCAUGAAAAUGUUGGAGCAAAUGCUUCAGGAGGAGGUGAUAAAGCCAGCACCUGCAGUGGUAGUCCAGAUGGGAGAGCAGCUCAUCGGGCUACUCCGGGAGAGGCUUUACACUUUGCAGUCGAUGAGCAUCAUGUCCCUUGCAACACUCCUGGACCCCCGAUUUAAGGUCAUAGGAUUCUUCAGUCAGACAAAAGCUGCUGAAGCAAUAAAACGUCUAACCUCUGAGUGUGCCAUCAUUAGACGCUCGGUGCACAGCAGAGAGGAAACCCCCCAGGCUUCUACCUCUCAUGAUGUCACUGGAGGUAGCAAACUGUGGCAUCGUUUGGACGCCAGUGUCAUGGAGGCAAGAAGUUCUCAAAAUGUCACAGCAGAUGCCACUGUGGAGGUUCAACGCUACCUUGCAGAGCCCAAUAUAAGCAGGCUGGAAAACCCUCUUGAAUACUGGGAGAGGCAAAAAAUGUUGUACCCAAAUUUAUAUAGUCUUGCUCAUUAAUUUUUGUGCACACCAGCAUCAUCCGU